AUGGCAAACCCUCACCUGGACUUUGGAGAAGUAGAAAGUUUUCUGGACAGGCAUCCAGAGUUGUUGGAAGAUUAUUUGAUGAGGAAGGGGAAGCAGGAGAUGGUGGAGAAGUGGCUUCAGAGGCAAAGUCAGGGUCAGGGGGCUUUAGGUUCAAGGCCCGCUCUGGCUGGCACCAGCAGCUUGGCUCAGGGCAGUGUCAGAGGCAGCAUUGUUGAUAGUGGCGGCACUGGACCAAAUUGCACUACCAACAACCAGCCCACUUCUGGUGUUGGGGACUGUGGUGGCGUUCCUCUGAGUCCCAGCUGGGCCAGUGGCAGUGGAGGAGGCGAUGGAAACCUGCAGCGGAGAGCUUCACAGAAAGAGCUAAGGAAGAGUUUUGCUCGCUCCAAGGCCAUCCAUGUGAAUAGGACCUACGAUGAACAGGUGACCUCCAGGGCCCAAGAGCCCCUGAGCAGUGUGCGGCGGAGGGCACUGCUCCGGAAGGCAAGCUCGCUGCCCCCCACCACUGCCCAUAUUCUCAGUGCCCUACUGGAAUCGAGGGUGAAUCUGCCUCAGUAUCCCCCCACGGCCAUCGAUUACAAAUGCCAUCUCAAAAAACACAAUGAGCGUCAGUUUUUCCUGGAACUGGUCAAGGAUAUCUCCAAUGACCUUGAUCUCACCAGCUUGAGCUACAAGAUCCUCAUUUUUGUCUGCCUCAUGGUGGACGCUGAUCGCUGCUCUCUCUUCCUAGUAGAAGGGGCAGCUGCCGGCAAGAAGAGCUUGGUCUCCAAAUUCUUUGAUGUGCAUGCAGGAACCCCACUACUGCCCUGCAGCAGUACAGAGAAUUCAAACGAAGUGCAGGUCCCCUGGGGCAAAGGCAUCAUUGGCUAUGUCGGGGAGCAUGGAGAAACUGUCAACAUUCCUGAUGCCUACCAGGAUCGAAGAUUCAAUGAUGAAAUUGAUAAACUAACUGGAUACAAGACAAAAUCAUUAUUGUGUAUGCCUAUCCGAAGCAGUGAUGGUGAGAUUAUUGGUGUGGCCCAAGCAAUAAAUAAAAUUCCUGAAGGAACUCCAUUUACUGAAGAUGAUGAAAAAGUUAUGCAGAUGUAUCUUCCUUUUUGUGGAAUUGCCAUAUCUAAUGCUCAACUCUUUGCUGCUUCAAGGAAAGAAUAUGAAAGAAGCAGGGCUUUACUAGAGGUGGUUAAUGACCUCUUUGAAGAACAAACUGACUUGGAGAAAAUUGUCAAGAAAAUAAUGCAUCGGGCCCAGACUCUGCUGAAAUGUGAACGCUGUUCUGUUUUACUCCUAGAGGACAUUGACUCACCAGUGGUGAAGUUUACCAAAUCCUUUGAAUUGAUGUCCCCAAAAUGCAGUGCUGAUGCUGAGAACAGUUGCAAAGAAAGUGUGGAGAAAUCAUCAUACUCUGACUGGCUAAUAAACAACAGUGUGGCCGAGCUGGUUGCUUCCACAGGCCUUCCAGUUAACAUCAGCGAUGCCUACCAGGAUCCCCGCUUUGAUGCUGAGGCUGAUCAGAUAUCUGGUUUUCACAUAAGAUCUGUUCUCUGCGUCCCGAUUUGGAAUAGCAACCACCAAAUAAUUGGAGUGGCUCAAGUGUUAAAUAGACUGGAUGGAAAACCUUUUGAUGAUGCAGACCAGCGACUUUUUGAGGCUUUUGUCAUCUUCUGUGGCCUUGGCAUCAACAAUACAAUUAUGUAUGAUCAAGUGAAGAAGUCGUGGGCCAAGCAGUCUGUAGCUCUUGAUGUGUUGUCUUACCAUGCAACAUGUUCCAAACCUGAAGUUGACAAGUUUAAGGCAGCCAACAUCCCUCUGGUGUCAGAACUUGCCAUUGAUGACAUACAUUUUGAUGACUUUUCUCUUGACGUUGAUGCCAUGAUCACAGCUGCUCUCCGGAUGUUCAUGGAGCUGGGGAUGGUACAGAAAUUUAAAAUUGACUAUGAGACACUGUGUAGGUGGCUUUUGACAGUGAGGAAAAACUAUCGCAUGGUCCUGUACCACAACUGGAGACAUGCCUUCAAUGUAUGCCAACUGAUGUUCGCCAUGCUCACAACUGCUGGGUUUCAACAGAUUCUGACCGAGGUGGAAAUUUUAGCGGUGAUUGUGGGCUGCUUGUGUCACGACCUCGACCACAGGGGAACCAACAAUGCCUUCCAAGCUAAGAGUGGCUCUGCCCUGGCUCAACUCUAUGGAACUUCUGCCACCCUAGAGCAUCACCAUUUUAACCACGCAGUGAUGAUCCUUCAGAGUGAGGGUCACAACAUCUUUGCUAAUUUGUCCUCCAAGGAGUAUAGUGACCUUAUGCAGCUUUUGAAGCAGUCGAUAUUGGCAACAGACCUCACGCUGUACUUUGAGAGGAGAACUGAAUUCUUUGAACUUGUCAGGAAAGGUGAAUAUGAUUGGAACAUCAAAAAACAUCGUGAUACAUUUCGAUCAAUGUUAAUGACAGCCUGUGACCUUGGAGCCGUGACCAAACCGUGGGAGAUCUCGAGACAGGUGGCUGAGCUUGUAACUAGUGAAUUCUUUGAACAAGGAGAUCGUGAGAGAUCAGAACUCAAACUCACUCCUUCAGCUAUUUUUGAUCGGAACCGGAAAGAUGAACUGCCUCGACUACAACUGGAGUGGAUCGAUAGCAUCUGCAUGCCUUUGUAUCAGGCGUUGGUGAAGGUCAAUGAGAAACUAAAGCCGAUGCUGGAUUCCGUGGCUGCGAAUAGAAAUAAGUGGGAAGAACUGCACCGGAAAAGACUGCUAGUUUCCGCUGCCACCCCCUCUCCUGCCGGCAGCGCGGUGACCACAGAGGACAAAAAGUAA